AUGCUCACACUAUUCAAAUCUGAUCAGCCCCUGCACCGAGGUGACUGGGAAAAAAUUGGAGCUCAGAAGCAGUGCACAGACUCUGCUCUCAAGGCCAGUCCUCCAGGAGCUGAGCAGUAUUUCCUCAUGGUUAACAAUGACCAGUACUGUGACAGGGGCACCACAGUGAAGAAUUGCACCCACGUCACCUGGUUCCUCCUGCUGGGGCUCACAGAGCAGGCAGGGCUCAAGGGCAUCCUCUUUGCACCCUUCCUGUUCAUCUACUCAGUUACCCUCACAGGCAACCUGGCCAUGAUCACCCUGAUCCACACAGACCUGUACUUCUUGCUGAGUAUCCUCUCCUUCAUAGACUCCUCCUUCUCCACGUUAAACACCCCCAGGCUGCUGGAGAGCUUCCUCACCUCAAGCCAGUCCAUCUCCUUUGCAGGCUGCGUGGUCCAGAUGGCCCUCAUGACUCUCCACGGUACUGCUGACUGUCUGCUCCUGGCCAUUAUGGCAUAUGACCGAUUUGCUGCCAUCUACCACCCUCUCCUCUUCCACACCGUCAUGUCCCAAAGUCUGUGUGUCCAACUGGUGGCAGCCACCUGUAUGGCUUCUGUUGCCAAUUCAGCUUUACUGACUGGGUACAUCUUCAAGCUGCUCUACUGUGGCCUCAAUAUCAUUAACCACUAUGUCUGUGAUGUCCCCCUUGUGCUCCAACUUGCGGUCUCCUAUGCCUACAUCCUGGUGACUAUCUGCAGGAUGCGUUCCCUCAAGGCUCAGAGCAAAGCACUCUCCACCUGUGCCUCCCACCUCACAGUCAUCUGCCUCUUCUACGGCACCAUCACCUUCAUGUAUGCCCAGCCAAGCUCUCACAGUUCCAUGGAACAGAACAAGGUCGUGUCUGUCUUCUACACAGUGAUCAUCCCCAUGCUGAACCCUCUGACCUACAGCCUGAGGAAUAAAGAUGUGAAGCCUGCUCUAAAGAGGAGAUGCCUUGACAUGCUGCCUUCCUAA